AUGGAAGCCGUGCCUCUGCAAACCCUGCCAGCUAAUGGCAACAGCAGCGCUGCGCCAGCCUUUUCAGGCAAUAUGUCUAAUCACCGUUCGACCGUCACCCAAAACAACCAACAAUUUAACUAUCCAGCCGACGAUACCUCGGAUAGUCCAGUCCCGACCAAUAUAUACCAGCCUGACCGCUUCAUUCCGCUCAGUGACGAAGAUUUUGCUCAGCAUCCAGAACUUCCAGAACUCAACUUCCGACCACCAGCGCUUGAAUUUUGUUACCUGAUGUUCCUUACCAUCUGGUUUGUCCUUUGCUUCUCCGGUGUCACCGCCUUAGCCGUUUUCGGCGAGAUACAGCCGUCAUGGUUUCACCUCGAAUCGAGAUUCGGUUAUAACUUGUGGUCGUAUUCCCCCGGUAUAGUCGGUUUCCUUACAACGGUUCUUUGGAGGGGCACGCUCCAGUCGUACAACUGCAUCAUACCUUAUGUCCGGAUGGCCAACAUCUCGUUAUCUCAAGACGGCAAUGGACAUUUAUCGUAUGACAGACCAACCUUUCUCAACGUGCCGCUGACAGGAAUUCCAGGCGGGACAGUCCAUUUCGGUGCUCUUCAGAGACUUUGGAACUCAAGUGAUUACCUCAGUUUCGUCCUCAACUUAAGUGUUAUAUGCACAACCAUUCUGACUCCAAUUAAAUCGGGUAUCUUCCAACUUGUCAAGGAUGCAUCAGGCUGGCGAAUCCGGGUUUCAAUACUAUUUUGCAUCAUCGCUAUGGCUGUCUAUCUCUGGCUCUUUGUUGUUACUAUAUCCAUUGCACUGCAUCUAAGCAAGAAUCGUACAGGUUUAAAAUGGAGCCCCUCCACUCUUGCUGCUCAACUGGCUCUCAUCCAAGGGUCCAACAUUCUCCAUAAGUUCAAAGAUAUCUCCACCCAAAAACCAUGGGCUCUUGACUUGGCCAUCACGACAUGCAAGAAGAAGGGUUACUUCUGCGACUAG